GGUGCGGACAAUCCUGACAGAGGUCUGAUGCCCGGCUGCUGCCAUGUUCACCAAGAAGAAGAAGCCCCGCGUCCAGAUUUCGGCACCUUCCAACUUCGAGCACCGCGUGCACACAGACUUUGACGAGCAAGAACAGAAGUUUGUGGGGCUGCCGCGGCAAUGGCAGUCUCUGAUCGAGGACACAGCCAAGAGGCCCAAGCCCUUCAUCGACGUCACCGUCAUCACCACUGUGGAGCCCCGCAAGACCAUAGUGCGGGGUAGUAAGAUCGCUGUGGAUGGCUCGCUGACAUGGCUGCUGGAUGAGUUUGACACCAUGUCGGUAACCCGCUCCAACUCCCUGAGGCGAGGCAGCCCCCCGAUCCAGCCCCGCAGAGACUCCGGAUCCUCGGGGGGGGGAGGCCAUGAGAACGGGGACCUGGCCCAUCGGACACACCACCACCCAGAUCACUAUGGAGACAGAGAUAGGGAGCGGCCUAGGCCGGACCAGUUAGCUGGUGGAGACCCCCGGCAGCCCCAGCGGGUAACCCGCUCUCAGAGAGAGGACGGCCGGCCACAGCAGCAGCCCCGGGGCCAGGAGCCAGGCAGCAGGCACCGAGAGAGGGAGCGGCCCUGCCCACCCCCUCCCCCGCCAAAGCCCAGAGAUAUGGACCCACGGGACCACCACGACCAGGUAGUCCGCAGGGACGGGCCCAGCGACAAGAGGCCCAAGUCCAGCUACACAGGCAGGGACGGCAGCCCCCAAUCGCCCCGGGAUAAGAGGCCUCUCUCGGGGCCCAACAUACGUAUGCCUAACCUCCCUGUCACAGAGGGGGUGAUAAAGACAGCACAGCAGAGCAGUAGGCCGUUCAACACCUACCCCCGUGCUGACAGUGAAGGAGGAAGAAGCCCCACCAGCCAGGAGCUGAAGCCAGCCCGACCACACGAAACACCGCGCCACAACGGUCCCUCUAGUGGCCGCAGCGGGGGCAAAGCCCCACAGCAGGGCCAGCUACGAGGGGACCCCCACCACUCCUCCCACCCUGUCCUGGGCCCUGAGCCCCCCCACGGCUACCAGCAGCUGAAGGCUCCUGUUCCCCGCCCUCCGGCCCCUGCCCUACCACCACAGCAGGCCCUCUCACCCCAGAGGGAGCCCCAGCGGGUGUCCCAUGAGCAGUUCCGCGCCGCACUACAGAUGGUGGUGGACCCGGGUGACCCGCGCACCUACCUGGAUCACUACAUCAAGAUCGGAGAGGGCUCCACCGGCAUUGUGUGCAUUGCCACCGUCAAGAGCACCGGCAAACUGGUCGCUGUCAAGAAGAUGGACCUGCGCAAGCAGCAGCGCCGGGAGCUGCUAUUCAAUGAGGUGGUGAUAAUGCGGGACUAUCACCAUGACAACGUGGUGGAGAUGUACAACAGCUACCUGGUGGGAGAUGAACUCUGGGUCGUCAUGGAAUUCCUGGAGGGAGGGGCUUUGACUGACAUCGUCACACACACCAGGAUGAAUGAGGAGCAGAUAGCCACAGUGUGCCUGUCUGUGCUGAAGGCUCUGUCAGUGCUGCACACCCAGGGCGUCAUCCACAGGGACAUCAAGAGUGACUCCAUCCUUCUCACCCACGAUGGCAGAGUGAAGCUGUCAGACUUUGGCUUCUGCGCCCAGGUGUCUAAAGAGGUCCAGCGGCGCAAGUCCCUGGUGGGCACACCCUACUGGAUGGCCCCAGAGCUCAUCUCACGACUACCCUAUGGGCCUGAGGUGGACAUCUGGUCCUUGGGGGUGAUGGUGAUCGAGAUGGUGGACGGAGAACCCCCCUAUUUCAAUGAGCCCCCCCUCAAAGCUAUGAAGAUGAUCCGUGACAACCUACCACCCAAACUCAAGAACCUACACAAGGUUUCUCCUCUCCUCAAGGGCUUCCUGGACAAAUUGCUGGUGCGAGACCCUACCCAGAGGGCCUCAGCCAAUGAGCUGCUCAAGCACCCCUUCCUGAGCAAGGCUGGCCCACCCUCCUGCAUCGUGCCUCUCAUGAGGCAGAACCGCAUGAGAUGAGAGUGAGCAGAGGCCUCUUCCCCACAAAGUGGUAGUAGUCAUAUGAACCCUGAAACCCAAGCUCACACCUCGGACUCGCACUGAUCUGGAGCGGGGGGAGACAGCGGAGAAGCACUGCCCAGUUUGUAUUAGCAUUUUUGUUGGUCAAGCAUUGUUUUAACGCACCUUUUGAAAUGAAAAGGAACUCUGUCUGUCCCUUUUUUCCUGUGGGGGAAAAACAUUUGGACACUACAAGGAUUUAUAGCUUGAGCGGUUUGGUGCAGAAUGAGACUUGGAAAGUGUUGUGGGAUCAUUAGAACCUAAGCUACCUGCUGGGGAGACUCACAAAAAGCAGUGUUAGCAUCCUAGCUGAAUGGUCUGAAAAGCAUGCUUCCACACUUAAGGACUUCCUCACUACAUGGCCCAGUCUCAACUCUAUUGCAAUAGACAGGACAUCAUAAACUACUACUGAAGGAGGACCAUGCUUUUCUCUUACCACACGAUGAGUACAAGUCUGAAAAACACUUGGUCCCUGUUACAAACACUAAGAAAAGGUAAACACUGGAGUUGUGUUUUUUUAGAUAUUUCUUUCUUUAUAUUUCUUGUGUAAGUAUGAUGAACAUAGAUAUAUCUGCUUUGUUUUCUCUAUUUUAUGAUUUUUGUUUAGGUUACAGUGAGAUGAUUUUAAAGCACUCUUCUCUGAUAGAAGCUGCACUCCUGGUUGAUUCCAAUAUAGCGUCUAGUUCUUUAAAUCGUUUAGUUUUUUAAUUUACCUGUGUUUAAUAGAAUAUCAUGGUGAAGUGAACAUCGAGGCAGUUUUAGCUGUUAUUUUUACUUUAGGGAUUUAGGCGUGUAGAUUGUGCUCUCUGUAACCUCGAUCCGCUGCUGUAGACCUCAACUGUUAGUCUAUAGUAGUGACUACUAGGUCAAUGUAAGGACAACCCUUAUGAAGCACCCCUUCCACCAUACACGUGUGUGCGUAUGUGUGUAUAUACAGGAAUUCUCCAGAUCGGUUAAAUAUUUCUUUUUUUUCCACCUAAAGAUGCAUUUCUUUAUUACCUGACCUGGACAAUGGGUCUGGACUAUAUGAAUGUAGUGCUGAGCCACAAACAAGCUCUGCAUUUAAAAAUGGAAUCUGCAGUAGGGUGAAACGGCGCCACCGACCGCCCCCAUCACUGUUGUCAUUUGUUUUUGUUGCCGAGCUAAUAUCGCAAACGGACGUGGCUGUUUCACCAUUAAGGAUUCCAGAUUUAAGGGCUUAUUACAACAAGAAUUGGACACACGAGGUGAAAAUCCGUGUUUAGUUUAAUGAAGUGUGCAACAGCUGCUAGAACUGAACUAUUGUGUCCACAAUGUAGCAACGACAGGAACUGUAUGGCAGAAAACACAGAUGCAAACAGGGGUGGCAAGAGCGCUGGACUAGUAACCGGAAAGGUUGCAAGUUCAAAUUCCCGAGCUGACAAGGUACAAAUCUGUCGUUCUGCCCCUGAACGGGCAGUUAUAACCCACUUUCCUAGGCCGUCAUUGAAAAUAAGGAUUUGUUCUUAACUGACUUGCCUAGUUAAAUAAAGGUUAAAAAACGCAAGUAGUAAACUCACCGCAAUUACCCACACUUCAUGCAGGGCUCAACAAAAGUCUGCGAUGUGGGUGGAAUCACGAAUUCAGACCUUAAAACGGAAUUCAAAAAUAGGAAAUCAACUAAAUGUAUUACAAAAUGUAUUUUGCCAAGAUUAUCAUAAGACAUAAAAUUGCAUUAGUGAUUUAUAUUUUCCUUUAACUCCCUGAUGCAAAGGCAUGGGAAUUCCCCCUAUCUGUGUGCAAGGUUGUCUGCCACUUUGUGUAGCUGUUAGCAAUGAUGCUAAUGAUAAUCGUCUUCUGAUACUUAAAAAAAAAGUUAGGCAAACUGCAUUCACAUGUGCGCCACAGAAACACAGAUAACCAAACAAGUCUCUUGGCUUGUACACGCUUGAGUUAAAGGGUAUCUACACCCAGAAAUGUGUUAGAUUUUCCCAAGACCUCAAAAGUGCUCACCUGGUAUGUUUUAACCAUUGUUGUGAAACAAGAUUUAAUAUUCUAUUUAAAAAGUGUGAUCCUGGAUCUGAGCCCCCCCCCCCCCCCCCGAAUUCUAGAGUAGCAAGAUCAAGUCGCAAAUGUACCAUAGAGAGCAUCCAAAGACCACGAGGCCUUAGUGCACAGCAAAGAGUAGCCAAUGUGUCUGUUCUGAAUUUCAGUGGGGAAAUCGGAACAGACUGUCCAUAAGUAGACACUAACACUACAUUGUGAAGUAUUGUAUUUAGAUACAGAAUUCAAGUGUCAUAGCAGAGGUUAUAGUACUGUUUUAACAUUCUGUCUCAAAUGUACUUGCUUGUAGCAAAUUGGAGUAUUUAAUAUAGAUUUAACCAAUUGUUUUACAAUAAUAUUUUAUUCAUCGCUCACUUAAUCCAUUUCAGUACUUUUUACUGAUGCUCAAAAGGUAGUCUGGUUGAAUUUAAAUGUGAGACAAUGUUCCAUAUUUACAAAAGACAAGUGUAAGUCUGUUUAAAGUGACACGAUGGUUGGCAUACCUGAAUAAGAUGUGAUCUGUCUGUUCCCUGUGUCAAAAAGAAUGUUCUUCCAGUUUAGUAAAACUGAGUGAAAAGAUGGGCUGAAAGAAUGACAAUCAAAGUUAGUAGGAGUAAAUAACGGUCUGCUUUUGCAACAAUAUUCUAAACUGAUCACUUUUCAUUGCUCACAAAGUUUUGUAACUAUAAUUGUGUAGCAUUUUGACAACACAAACUACUUUUCUAAACAAAUCCUAUUUUGAUACUCAUUAAAUCCAUCUUUACGUAUGCAUAUUUUUAAAUCGCUUAACUAAUAAGGUCCAUGAAGUGAUGGCACACACUUGGUAUUUUGUGUUUUUUAUUAAAUACUGUAUAACGAUGAAUGCAAAAAAAAAAUCUAUAGACUUAUCAUUCCUCAAACUACAGAAUUGAAGCAUCUCAUUAACCCCCACAUGUUACAUAGGAGUUCAAUCGCCAUUGGUUUCAAUCACUUCUACCACAGUUUUCAGUGGCUGGUAUGAAACCAAUCACGUACAUUUCUCAGUUGGUAUUUGACAUUCCUGUAGCUUCUACUUAAAUGAAUGGCUGUCAAGGUUAGAACGGCUUAACAUAGUUUUAUCGGUUUUUGUGUGUAUUAAUGCCUUAACGUUCAGAAGAGUAACAUGAUUUAAUAUGAUUCCCUUUCUUUACAAUUACUGUUAAUUGCAAAUGUACAUUAUUAUAUUACUCAUCUCAAGGAGUCUAGUGCCUCUGCGUAAACGUAUCGUUGUUCUCGCUGGUUUGUGUUUGUUGAGGAUGCUCAAAUUCCAAUUAGGAGCUGUGACGACUACUGACUGGCCUACUUGGUAAUAUAUUUAUGUGUGAAUUUCUCCAACAUGUCUGUAUGAUCAUUUUUCACAUUUUUAUGCUAAAUCAUUUAUGCAUCAGUAUUGUCAAGUUUGUCAUAGUUGACCAUUUUUCUGAAGAGUCCAAACCCCCCCUGGAUUUUUGAAUUUCCACUGGUUAUUAAAAAAAUUAAGUUGCA